AUGGGUAAACCACGUUUGAUCAUCAUCAUCCGUCAUGCCCAAUCCGAGGGAAAUCGAGACAAAACUGUCCAUCAGACCGUCCCGGACCAUAAAGUUGGCCUGACGGCCGAAGGACACCAACAAGCCCUGGAAGCCGGUGAGAAGCUUCGUGCUCUUCUACGCAACGACGACACAUUGCAUUUCUUCAUAUCGCCGUACCGAAGAACUCGAGAAACAACCGAGGGGAUAUUAAAUGGCCUAACUUCCAAUGACCCGGUUCCUUCGCCAUUCCAAAGAUCCCACAUCAAAGUGUACGAGGAGCCAAGGCUGAGGGAACAGGACUUUGGGAACUUCCAACCGGGUACCGAAGAAGUCGAGCGGCUCUGGCGAGAACGUGCCGAAUAUGGCCACUUUUUCUAUCGUAUCCCCAACGGCGAAAGCGGAGCUGACGUCUAUGAUCGGGUGUCAUCAUUCAACGGCUCUCUCUGGCGGCGAUUUUCUGAAGACACCAUGGCCAGUGUGGCGAUUCUGGUAACGCAUGGCCUAUGCAGCCGCGUGUUUUUGAUGGCGUGGUAUCACUACAGCGUGGAGUUUUUCGAAGAUUUACGAAAUAUCAACCAUUGUGAGUUUCUGGUGAUGAAGCUCGGUGCGAAUGGGCGAUACGUGCUGCAAAAUCAAUUACGGCGGUGGUCAGAUCUGAGAAGGGAAAGAGCUGCGAGAAAGAGCGUCUCGGCCGCGUCGCCCGUGAACAUCGAACCAAUCCCGGUGAGGCGAUGGACAUCCCGGGGGACAGCCAACGAUCCAACGAGAGGGAGUUACCUGCCUCCACCCAAACGGAAGAAUACCGCAGAUAUGUUUCGAGAUGAACCCGAAGUGAAGGAGGAGCGGAAAGAAAAGCCGCGAGCAGUGUCAACAUCGGUAGAGCGGCGAAACAGUGCAAGCAGAGAGGCAAGUCGCGGCAGAGUUCGCUCCUCGAGCAAUCUUCGCACCUCCAUUACCAACUUGAGUCUGGACACGGGAAAGAAAAGCUCGGGCUUGAGCGGCUUGAAGUCAUACCUAGGACGAGACGGUGGGGGGACAAGAUCUGGUCAUGGUUCACCGUUUGGCUCAGACGAUGAAGAAAGUGCGGAAGGCACACCACAUCCGGAUGCCCUGUCAGAGUCUUUCGAUUCGAACAAACAGAAGUUCUCAUCGUCACUGGCACGAGCCCUGAGGGGAGAUUUUGACGUUCCGAACCGAGUUUUAGCUGAUGCUCUGGGCGAUCAAAGUGACGCUGAAAUUGAUGAGGCUGAUUUGGAGAUGGGCAUAAAGGAAAGAGAAGAGAUGGAGAUGGAGCAGAUACUGGCCGAGGAGAGGAGAGAACGGACGCAUAGAGGGAGCGUCUACUAG